AUGUCUGACGAAGAGCAUCAAUUCGAGUCUAAAGCCGAUGCAGGAGCAUCCAAAACUUUCCCUCAGCAAGCUGGUACUAUCAGGAAGAAUGGUUACAUCGUUAUCAAGAAUCGUGCUUGCAAGGUCGUGGAAGUUUCAACCUCAAAGACUGGCAAGCACGGACACGCCAAGUGUCAUUUCGUUGCCAUUGAUAUCUUCAAUGGAAAGAAGCUUGAAGACAUCGUUCCCUCUUCCCACAAUUGUGAUGUUCCACAUGUCAACCGUACUGACUACCAGCUCAUUGACAUUUCUGAAGAUGGAUUCGUGAGUCUGUUGACUGAAAAUGGUGGCACUAAGGAUGAUCUCAAGCUUCCAACCGAUGAUAGUCUGCUUACACAGAUUAAGGAUGGAUUUGCUGAAGGAAAGGAUCUUGUGGUUACAGUGAUGUCUGCCAUGGGAGAGGAGCAGAUCUGUGCUCUUAAGGAUAUUGGUCCCAAGUAAUUUUACUCUGUGUGGAUUGAGAGAGGUUUUAUAUGAAGAACUGCUGUUGCUAGAUUUAUGGUGGUGGUUAUUUAAGAAAAAAAAACUUUAUUAGGUUUCUUUUUAUUUUACAAAUUUUUGGUUAUUUAUGAUGUG